AUGGGUCGUGUUCGGACUAAGACCGUCAAGAAAUCCGCCAAGGUUAUCAUCGAGCGGUACUAUCCCAAGCUUACCCUCGAUUUUGAGACCAACAAGCGCAUAUGUGAUGAGAUAGCUAUCAUCGCCUCCAAGCGUCUGCGCAACAAGAUUGCCGGAUACACUACACACCUGAUGAAACGUAUCCAGCGCGGUCCCGUCCGUGGUAUCUCCUUCAAGCUGCAGGAGGAGGAGCGUGAGCGCAAGGAUCAAUAUGUGCCCGAGAUCUCUGCUUUGGACGUCUCGCAGACCGAGAGUGGACAGUUGGAUGUUGAUGCUGAUACCAAGGAUCUGCUCAAGAGCCUCGGUUUCGAUACCCUCAAGGUCAACGUCGUCCCCGUUACCCAACAGCAGAGCGACAACCGCCCUCGUCGUUUUGGAGGUGCCCGCUAA